ACAAACCGGAGAGUUUCUUUUUCGUUUGGUUUUGUCCGAUCGAUUCGGCUCCUCGCUCUCAUUACAGCUUCGAGGGCAAGAGAUCGGCGAGGUUCCAACACCCACGCGCUGGCGAUGGCGGCGGAGGCGGGAGCGGGCGCGGCGACGAGCCGGUUCGCGGCGGCGUGCGGCGCGCUCAGCCAGUACGUCAGGGCGGCGGACCAGAGGGCGACCAGGACGACGGCGGCGGCGGCGGUGCGGCCGCUCCCGCUCAUGCCGGGCGCCGACGUCGUCAGCGACGAGCGGGAGGAAGCCGCGGCGGGGGUGGCGCAACAGCUCACCAUCUUCUACGGCGGGCGGGUGCUGGUGCUCGACGACUGCCCCGCCGACACGGCGGCCGCGCUGCUGCGGCUCGCCGCUGCGGCCAGAGGAGCGGCGCCGAGCGGCGCCGCCAGCGCCUCCGCCGCCGCGGACCUGCCGGUGGCGAGGAAGGCGUCGCUGCAGCGGUUCAUGGAGAAGAGGAAGGGCAGGCUCGCCGCCCGUGGCGGCGCGCCGUACCGGCGGCACGACGGCGACCAUCUCGCCCUCGCGCUCUAAGCCUAUACAAUCCACGUUAAAUUUAUCAUUUUUAACGACGCCGUGAUGAAGAUUACGCUUGCGAUCCAUCACAUCUCCAAGAUUUGUACAUACGAUGAUUUUAAAAUUUUAAUGUGUAACAAGUACAGAUUCUAGGUUCAUAAUUUCAUUUCAAA